UCGAGCUGACAGUGCCAUUCCGAACACGAACGCGUCGCAAUGUCUCAACAACGUUUGGCUUAUCCAAGGGGCGAUCGGGCCGCUCUGGUCUUUGGCAGCGCUGCGAUCUUUCUGCUGCUGCAGCUGCUCCAGCUGGCGGAGGUGACUGGCUACAGGGCACUGAUACCCGCCGAUUCAGCAAAUCCCGGCAAAUGCAUUUAUCGAGGCGACUUGCUGCAGGCGGGCGUCAACAAUGGCAUCCCGCCCUGCCAGCGGCUGACAUGCAACGAAGAUGGCUCCAUACUUAUCGAGGGGUGCGGCAAACUGCGCAUCGAGAAAUGCAAUCGGGGCGAGCGAAUCCAUCAAUCGAAACCCUUCCCGGAAUGCUGCCUGUUGAGAUACAAGUGCAAGCAGCCGAACGGCGCGCCCUACUACAUUGAGCGCGAUGCCGCGGAAGGGGCGUAGAAAGGGGGCGGCGAUGUACCGCUGUCCCCGAUGGAGCACGGGAUCGACUGGCAGCUGACCAGCGCCUAAAACGCAAAGCUAUGCUAAUUUAUUUUGUACAUUUCCAUUUUGUAUGUCGAAUCAAGCAACUGUUUUUUACUUUACAUAUACCCUAUAAUACAUAUAUAUAAAGAGUU